AUGGCCCAAGCCUGCAUGGACUACCUGGAGGCCGUCCCUUGGGAUGAAGGUGAAGAAGAAGAGAUCCUGAGGUCAGUGCUUGGUCUCGGCGCCAAAUACAGUCAGAUCCUCUCCCGUCUUCAACCUGUGGAUCCAGGCAUGGUCUCCAACCUCUUCAUCUCGGCAGUCUCCUUCUCGACGUCGCCGCAGCCCACCGCCAUGGACGAGGUGAAGCACACGGCCCAGGAGCAGCUGGAGUACAUGCUGACCGAAGACGACGACUCCCCGAUCGUGGCCGCCGAUGACGGGCUUGUGAUGGCCAGAGUGAAGGAAUCAGUCGGCGACCUCCUGGCCCAGCUGGAUGCAAUUCUGGCUAUGAAUUCCCAGUUGAUCGAGGCCCGAGCCCUUCAGUCUCUCCUAUCAGACGUCUCCUGGGCCUGCCAGAUCCUGUCCAAGAUGGAGAUGAUGAGGGACCUCGUUUGGUACUGGGCAGAGCGAUCGGUCAGCAUAGCCGCCGCCAUUGAAGGGCUACCCCCCGGAAGCAGCAAGCUGGAGGCCAUGCUUCAGGCAGUGGAGAUAGUCCUCAAGGUUCUGGAGGCAAUUGGCUAUGGGAACGUCAUCUUGCCGGCGGUGGGGAGGCUCUGUGUCGUCAGGGCUUGGCUUCCUUUUGUGCAGAGGAUGAGGCCGCUGGUGGAGCUCGGUGGCGGCGCCGACGAGGAGGCCGUGGCGGCGAAGGUGGACUGUGAAAUGUGGCAGAGCUUGGAAUCGGCCUUUGUGUUGACUCUCCUCACACUGCCGUCAGGGGACCUGGCCGGCAUCUUGACCAGCUGGCUGAGGGCGGAGCAGGUCCAGUACCCGGACCUGACAGAGGUAUUUGAGGUAUGGUGUUACAGGUCUAAGGCCGCCAGGAGGAGGUUCGGCCUCGCUGGUAGCCCAAGUAGAGCUCCCAGAUGA